GCCGUCUUUGGGCUCGAAUGUCGGGGCGGGAGUCCGAGCGGGAGCGCUCCCGUUGCUUGUCCGCGAGCCGGGAUGACCCAGUCGGUGGUCGUACAGGUCGGGCAGUGCGGAAACCAGAUCGGCUGCUGCUUCUGGGACCUGGCGCUGAGGGAGCACGCGGCGGUCAACCAGAAAGGAAUUUAUGACGAUGCACUCAGCAGUUUCUUCAGGAACGUGGAUACCAGAGUGGGUGGUGAUGGCAGCAGUAUUUCCAAAGGAAGAAUAUCUUCGUUAAAAGCACGAGCAGUUUUGAUUGACAUGGAAGAGGGAGUAGUUAAUGAAAUUCUCCAAGGACCACUGAGAGAUGUGUUUGACAGCAAGCAACUCAUCACUGAUAUAUCUGGCUCAGGAAACAAUUGGGCUGUGGGUCACAAAGUUUUUGGAAGUCUUUACCGGGAACAGAUUCUAGAGAAGCUCCGCAAGUCAGCAGAGCAGUGUGACUGCUUGCAGUGUUUCUUCAUCAUACACUCCAUGGGAGGAGGAACAGGAUCUGGACUUGGCACGUUUCUGCUAAAGGUGCUUGAAGAUGAAUUCCCAGAAGUGUACAGAUUUGUGACAGCAGUUUAUCCUUCCAGUGAGGACGAUGUCAUUACCUCGCCUUACAACAGCAUGCUGGCCAUGAAGGAACUGAAUGAGCACGCAGACUGUGUGCUGCCCAUUGACAACCAAUCUUUAUUUGACAUUAUUAGCAAAAUUGAUCUUGUAACUUCUGGCAAGUUGGGUGCAGCUGUGAAGCCUAAGAGUCUAGUUACCACGAAUGUGGGGACUAUUACAAAGUGCCCCAAGAAGCCUUUUGACGCAAUGAACAACAUUGUGGCCAAUCUGCUCCUCAGCCUGACAAGCUCUGCAAGAUUUGAGGGAUCCCUUAAUAUGGACUUGAAUGAGAUCAGCAUGAACUUGGUUCCUUUCCCUCAACUUCAUUAUCUUGUGUCAAGCCUUACACCUCUGUAUACUCUGGCAGAUGUGAACAUUCCCCCUCGAAGAUUGGACCAGAUGUUUUCAGAUGCCUUUAGUAAAGACCACCAGCUCAUCCAAGCAGACCCCAGACGUAGUCUCUACCUCGCCUGUGCCCUCAUCGUUAGAGGAAAUGUGCAGAUUUCAGAUCUUCGCAGAAAUAUUGAAAGAUUGAAACCUGCUCUGCAUUUUGUCUCCUGGAAUCAAGAAGGCUGGAAGACUAGCCUGUGUUCAGUGCCCCCUGUGGGUCACUUCCAUUCAUUACUAGCUUUAGCAAACAACACGUGUGUGAAGCCCACCUUCAUGGAACUGAGAGAAAGGUUCAUGAGGCUCUACAAGAAAAAGGCUCACCUCCAUCACUAUCUUCAAGUUGACGGGAUGGAGGAAUGUGCUUUUGCAGAAGCUGUGUCCUCUCUGUCAGCUCUCAUUCAGGAGUAUGAUGAACUUGAUGCCACAAAGAGCAUGCCUGUGCUGGAUGUGCCUCGGCUAAGCGUGGCCUUGUGAAAGAAGCAGCUAAACGUGCACUGUUACUUUCUCUGGCUCACAUUCGUUCUCCCUUUGUCUUUCAGCGUUGUCUGUGAUUCAGAAAGCCCAAUUUGUUUUUUACAGUAUCCGGGAGUCAGGAAGUAUGUUAUCUAAAACAAUGGCUUCUAUUUUGUUUAUAUAUGUGUGUGUGUGUGUAUAUGUAUGUAUAUGUAUACACACACACACCGGUGUGUGGGAUCACUUGUAGCAAUUUUUCAAAAUUAAGAGAGAGCCUGAUGUGGUACACCAUGUAAUCCAGUGUGUCUGACAUGCAGGAGGACUGUGUUCAGGACCAGCCUGGGCUGCGUAGUGAGAGCCGAUGGAGAGGGAAAGAGUGCUUCUUCAUCUCCUUUCUUUCCCCAUCGCUUCCUUUUGCAGACCUCACUGGUGAACGCCUCAGGAAAGACUGUACAUAUCUUUUCUGUAUUUAUCUUUAUCUCUUCGUGCUCUGUUUAAAUGCUGGGAAAGCAGGUCCUAGGAAUGGAAGAACAGUGUGUGUCAUGUUUGGACUUUUAGGGAGUCUUUAUUAAAACUGAUAAGCCUUUGAGUAGUAACAUGCCUAUACUCAAGAGAAUCACAACUUAGACAUACAGUCACUUCUAAAAUAGUUUAAAAGCAAAUGUACAACACUGCUACUUAUCAUGUCACUGUUUGCACACUGAGCAGAACAUUGCUAAGCUUGGUAUCUUCAUCUGAAUUUCGUUGUAAGUGGUCAUUAUUUACUGAAAUGAUUCCAGUCUCCAUAAUAUUUUGAAUCUUUAAUAUUGAUUUUAGUCGCAUUUAUAUUUCAGAUCCAUUGGUUGGUUUAUCCUUCAAGGAAAAUAUUUUGGGAGAAAAAAUUAUUUUCAAGAAAAACUAAUCUGUUGUGUGCUUUGUUUAUUAAUAGUUUGUUUCUUCCCUUUACUAAGUAAUUGUUAUAUUUUUGGCUUUUAUUUUGUUAGUUUAGAUUAGCAGUAGUUCCAGACAUUCCAUUUUCUCCUUCCUAUAAGCAUCUUAGCUGAUAUUCAGAACACGACAAUGGAUAUUAUAGAUACAUUUGUAGUAUCUUAUUUUUAAGAAUCUUCCCUUUAAUAUCAUGUGAUAGGAUCUGAUAGACUGCAUUGCCAGGUACAGAAUAAAAUUUUAAAUUAUGUCUUUUUAUAUUUAUAUAAAAUUUUUUCUUGUAAACUAUAUUUUUAUUAUAUAUUAAAUCCUUAUAUGGUAUCAUGUAUAUAUUACAUAAUUAUAGAUAUCCUCUAGAAAUGAGUUAUUUAAAUUUUUUCAGGCAUUCCUUUUUGUUUAGAAUAUUUUUUAGAAACUUCUGAUGUCACAAAUAAAGCAACCAAAGAAUAACUAGUGGCUCUUUAUGCUUUAAAUCUAUUAGAUAAAUGUUUCAUCCUUUUAUAGCUACUUUAGUCUUUUGAUUAUAUGACGUGAAUGACUUAGCCUUAAACUUUCCUCCCUAUAUUUGGCUCUAUAGAAUUCUGAGCUCAGAAAACAUAUCUCCUGGUUCUCUGCAGUCUCUCUGGCACACACAAGAUGUGACCCAGAGCAUCCGCCAUUGAAAGGACCCUUCGCUGGGGCAGUCGAACCUAACAGUGAUCAUCUUAGACUUGUUGGGGACGCAGCAUCUCUUGUCCAGGCAUAUUCCACAAAAAGUCGGUCUGUAACUCUGAGUACUUGAGCAACCAGAAAAAACGAAUUUCUCAGCUUUGGAGAGUUGGAAAGUGGGUUGACAUGUUUUUCCUCUGGGAAUCUGAAAAGAUGAAUGAAGUUAAAAGGUCAUUCUUUAAAUUUGACUACAGUAACAAGGAUUUUAUAGCAGAUACUAGGUGGGUUAUUUCUUGGGCAUUACUAGUCGUUGUUUGUGCCUUCUAGGACCCUCUUCUCUGUGAAAUACCUUUGUCCCAUCAUGCUUUCAGAUGUCCUGGUGUUUCUCGUUCUGUCUUUUAUUCAGUUGUACAAUAAAUGAAAACUUAUUUGUUUUGUUGCAUUUAAAGAGCUGUCUUAUUAAAUGUCACUUACCUAAGGCUUAGCAAAUUUUCU